GAUGGAUAAAAUUUUCUAUAUAUAUUCUCAUUCGGGACUAAACAUAUUCCUUCACUUCAACCUAGCUAUAACACACCUCUCUUUCAUUCCAAUGGAUUACCUUCCUGCUAUUGGCAUAAUAGCUUCUAUAAUUUUUCUUAUUUCAAAGAUUUUGCAAAUCUGUAGGAUUCUUCUCUGGAGGCCAUAUGCCUUGACUAAACACUUUAAAAAACAAGGGAUCGUAGGGCCACCUUGCUCUAUCCUUUAUGGUUCUCUUCAUGAAGUGAAGAAGCUGAAUAUGGCUGCAAGACAAACUGUUUUAGAUACAAACUCACAUGAUAUUACUCCGAGGAUUGUCCCUCACUACCACAAGUGGUCCUCGUUAUAUGGAGAGACAUUUCUGUAUUGGUUUGGAAUGCAGCCGAGGAUUUGCAUUUCUGACCCCGAGUUGGCCAAACAAAUACUAUCAAACAAGUUUGGCUUCUACGUAAAACCAUCGUCGAGGCCUUCAGUUCAAACACUAGUGGGGAACAAAGGGUUAGUCUUAAUCAGUGGCUUGGACUGGGUUAAGCACAGAAGGAUUAUCAAUCCCGCCUUCUCACUAGACAAGCUCAAGGUUAUGGUAAAAAGAAUGACAGCGUGUACCAUAUCCAAGCUUGAUGAGUGGAAAAAUCAAGUUGUUGCAGCUGAGGACCAUUGUCACAGUAUAGAGAUGAAUGGCGAAUUUAAAGAACUAACAGCUGAUAUAAUCGCCCACACUGCCUUUGGCAGUAGCUAUGCCCAAGGGCUGGAGGUCUUUGAGGCACAACAAGAGCUUCAAAAAUAUUGUGCAGCUACACAUACUGACAUUUUCAUCCCUGGCAGCCAAUAUCUUCCUACCCCAUUAAAUCUCCAAAUAUGGAAGCUUGACAAAAAGGUGAAAACUUCACUGAAGAGCAUCAUUGAGAGUAGAUUAAAUUCCAAAGCUACUGGAAGCUCUUGUGAAGUUGAUGAUCUACUUGGUUUGAUGCUUGAAGCCUCAGAAAGUGAUGGGAAACCUAAGUUGAAUGUAAAUGAAAUCAUAGAGGAGUGCAAGACAUUCUUCUUUGCAGGGCAUGAAACCUCCUCCAAUUUGCUAACUUGGACUGUGUUCUUGUUGAGCUUACAUCCUGAAUGGCAAGAGAAGCUCAGACAAGAGGUAUUGAAGGAAUGUGGGAUGGGUAUUCCUGAUGCAGAUAUGUUGACAAAGUUAAAAUUGGUGAAUAUGGUUUUGCUGGAAGCUUUAAGGCUAUAUGGCCCAGUGAUAGAAUUAUUUAGGCAGGCAACAAGAGACAUGAAGCUUGGCGACGUGAUGAUCCCAAAGGGUACAUGUAUAUCAAUUCCACUUGUGAAGAUUCACCGAAGAAAGGAAUAUUGGGGUGAAGAUGUAAACAAGUUCAACCCAAUGAGAUUCAUAAAUGGAAUUUCUAAAGCUGCAAAACACCCAAAUGCUCUACUUGCCUUCUCACUGGGUCCAAGAGCUUGCAUUGGUCAGAAUUUUGCGAUGUUGGAAGCAAAAUCAGUUAUUGUUUUAAUUCUUCAAAGGUUUUCUUUUUGCCUUUCCCCAGAGUAUAAACAUGCACCAGUGGAGCUUCUCACUUUGCAUCCACAACAUGGCCUCCCCAUAAUUGUAAAACCAUUGCACUUGUAAUUCUUCUCUAAGAAUAUUUCCUUCAAUAGUUCAAUCUAUUGUGUCAAUUCAAAAUGGUAAUCAAUGCAUACUUUUUUUAUUUGGUCUA